UUCUUUAUCUAAAUCUGUCAGAACUUUCAGAACAAUUCGCGAGAACCGGAAUUUUUCCACUUUCCUUGUAAAUAAUGAAUAACUUUAUUAUAAAAGCUCAAUUAAGGAAAAUCUGCAAAGGAGCAAGUUAUGCAAAGAAUUUCUCAUCGUCGAUAAAGCAUGAAUUUGCCAAGAAUUCUUCAGAAGUUCCUAUACGGAUUGGUCAGCCAACAGGAUACACACAUCCACACCUGCUGAAAACCUCAGAAGUCGUGGUGGGAAUUACAAAGGAUGAACUGAAGCAACGACGAAGGAAUUUACUCGAGAGCAUUGCGAGGAAUCGCUCAAGGAAGGAAAAUACCCAGACGGAUCAUAUUAUCAUCAUUCCGUCAGCAACAAAGAAAUAUAUUAGUGACAAAAUUCCAUAUGUCUUCCGGCAAAAUUCAGACUUUCGCUACUUUUCUGGAUGCCUGGAACCAGAUAGUGUCCUCCUGAUGCAUUUAGAUGGUAGUGGGAGGGAUAAGAGUGUACUAUUUCUACGACCAAAGGAUAAACACGCUGAGCUAUGGGAUGGUACAAGAACUGGCCCAGAAUUGGCUGUAGAAAUUUUUGGUGUGGAUGAAUCCCAUGAGAUGAGGCAUUUUCCAGAAUAUUUGGAAAAAUUGGGAAGUAAUAUGUCCACAUGUGCCUUGUGGGGAGAUCAUGGUAUUCUCCAGGAGCAACCGGAGGUUUUUAAGAGUGUUAUGCUCCUUGCUGGAAAGAAAAAGGAACCCCUGGAAGCAUUGACUGCCUUUGCGCACAAACAGCGCCUUAUAAAAUCCCCAGCGGAAGUGGAGCUUAUGCGGAAAACCUGCCAAAUUGCUUCAGAAGCUAUCAACAGGACAAUUUCCGAGUCAAAAUCCGGUGAUUCGGAGCAUCAGGUCUUUGCCCGUGUGGACUAUCAUUGUCGCAUGAGGAAUGCUGACUUCCUGGCCUAUCCGCCAGUUGUGGCUUCCGGAAAUAAUGCCACGACCAUUCAUUACAUUGAAAACAGCCAGAUUAUUGAGAGUGGAAGGCUAGUCCUUAUGGAUGCUGGUUGUGAAUAUGGAGGCUACACGAGUGACAUUACGAGAACUUGGCCAAUUGAUGGACACUUCAGUCCUACCCAGAAAAUCCUCUAUGAUGUCAUUCUAACAUUGCAAAAGGAUUUGUUGGCAACACUGCUCAAUGAUGGGGGAACCUGUUUGGAUGAUCUAUUCGACACAAUGUGCGUGAAGCUGGGAAAGUAUCUUCAAGAGGUGGGUUUAGUAAGCAAAAGUCUAUCUGGGGUAAGUUUAGCACGUGCUGCAUACUCUUUCUGCCCUCACCAUGUAUCCCACUACUUGGGAAUGGAUGUACAUGACACACCAACAGUCCCCCGGACAUCUUCUCUUGUUCCCGGAAUGGUCUUUACCGUAGAACCGGGAAUGUACAUCUCACAGAAUCGUCGUGAUGUCCCAGAGAAUUUCCGUCGUCUUGGCAUACGCAUUGAAGAUGACUGCGUAGUCACGCCAACGAAUACAAUUGAGGUUCUCACCUCCCAGUGCGCGAAAGAAGUAAAAGAUCUUGAGAAUUUAGUUGAAUCGUGUGAUAUUAAAUAAAUAUCUUGCAACUAG